UUCCUCCUUGCGCUCGCUCGCUGCCUGAGCGUCUCCAGCCGGGAGAGUAGGCGGAGCAGGGCGGUGCGGGGUGGCGUAGAGCUGGAGGGCGAUGGUGGCGGAGCUGCUGGGGGCGGAGGCAACGUAGCCCCCUCGGAAAAGGAGCCCGGCGGCGCCUUAGCCCUGCCGAGGAUGGAGAACCGGCCUGGGUCCUUCCAGUACGUCCCUGUGCAGCUGCAAGGGGGGGCACCCUGGGGCUUCACCCUUAAGGGGGGUCUGGAACACUGCGAGCCGCUCACAGUGUCUAAGAUUGAAGAUGGAGGCAAGGCAGCUUUGUCCCAGAAGAUGAGGACUGGUGAUGAGCUGGUGAAUAUCAAUGGCACUCCAUUAUAUGGCUCCCGCCAAGAGGCCCUCAUUCUCAUCAAAGGCUCCUUCCGGAUUCUCAAGCUGAUUGUCAGGAGGAGGAACGCCCCUGUCAGUAGGCCACACUCAUGGCAUGUGGCCAAGCUGCUGGAGGGAUGCCCUGAAGCAGCCACCACCAUGCAUUUCCCUUCUGAAGCCUUCAGCUUGUCCUGGCAUUCCGGCUGCAACACAAGUGACGUGUGUGUGCAGUGGUGUCCACUCUCCCGGCAUUGCAGCACCGAGAAAAGCAGCUCCAUUGGCAGCAUGGAGAGCCUGGAGCAACCAGGCCAAGCCACCUAUGAGAGCCAUCUGUUGCCUAUUGACCAGAACAUGUACCCUAACCAGCGUGACUCAGCCUACAGCUCCUUCUCGGCCAGCUCAAAUGCUUCUGACUGUGCCCUUUCCCUCAGGCCAGAGGAGCCAGCCUCUACAGACUGCAUCAUGCAAGGCCCAGGGCCAACUAAGGCCCCCAGUGGCCGUCCUAAUGUGGCUGAGACCUCAGGAGGUAGUCGGCACACCAGUGGGGGCUACCUGACCCCCAGCUCUCAGAUGUCAUCCCGUCCACAGGAGGGAUACCAGUCAGGGCCUGCCAAAGCAGUCAGGGGCCCACCACAACCUCCAGUGAGGCGGGACAGCCUUCAGGCCUCCAGAGCCCAACUCCUCAAUGGAGAGCAGCGCAGGGCAUCUGAGCCUGUGGUCCCCUUGGCACAGAAGGAGAAACUGAGCUUAGAGACUGUGCUACCCGCAAGGAACCCUAAUAGGUUCUGUUGCCUCAGUGGGCAUGACCAAGUGACAAGUGAGGGUCAUCAGAACUGUGAGUUCAGUCAGCCUCCUGAAUCCAGCCAACAGGGCUCUGAGCAUCUACUGAUGCAUGCCUCAACCAAGGCUGUUGGAUCCCCAAAAGCCUGUGACAAAGCUUCCAGCAUGGAUUCCAACCCACUCAAUGAGGCUUCUGCAGAGCUAGCUAAGGCUUCUUUUGGCAGACCUCCACAUCUCAUAGGACCCACAGGGCAUCGCCAUAGUGCCCCUGAACAGCUGCUGUUAUCCCACCUGCAGCAUGUGCACCUUGAUACCAGGGGCAGCAAAGGGAUGGAGCUCCCACCUGGACAGGAUGGGCACCAGUGGACUCUGUCCCCUUUGCACAGCAGCCACAAAGGGAAGAAAAGUCCAUGCCCCCCUACAGGAGGAACCCAUGACCAGUCCAGCAAAGAAAGAAAGACCAGACAAGUGGAUGACAGGUCUUUAGUUUUGGGACACCAGAGCCAAAGCAGUCCCCCACAUGGAGAGGCUGAUGGACACCCCUCAGAAAAAGGUUUCCUGGACCCAAACAGAACAAGCAGAGCAGGCAGUGAAUUGGCCAACCAGCAACCCUCUGCCUCUGGCUCCCUUGUUCAACAAGCCAGGGACUGUUCUUCAACCACUAAAGUAGCUGGUGGCACAGAGGCAGGUGAAGAAGGGGACAGUGAGCCCAAGGAGUGCAGCCGGAUGGGUGGUAGGCGAAGUGGAGGGACCCGGGGCCGCUCAAUCCAAAACCGGCGGAAGAGUGAGCGUUUUGCUACCAAUCUGCGUAAUGAAAUUCAGAGGAGGAAGGCCCAGCUCCAGAAAAGCAAGGGUCCCUUGUCACAGCUGUGUGACACUAAGGAGCCAGUGGAAGAGACCCAGGAGCCCCCAGAAAGUCCUCCACUCACUGCCUCUAACACAUCUCUUCUAUCUUCAUGUAAAAAACCUCCCAGCCCCAGAGACAAGCUCUUCAACAAAAGCAUGAUGCUCAGAGCUAGGUCUUCCGAGUGCCUCAGCCAAGCCCCUGAGAGCCAUGAAUCUAGGACAGGCUUAGAGGGACGAAUAAGCCCUGGCCAGAGGCCUGGCCAGUCCUCUUUGGGCCUGAACACCUGGUGGAAAGCACCUGACCCAUCCUCCUCAGACCCUGAGAAAGCACAUGCUCACUGUGGAGUCCGUGGAGGUCACUGGAGAUGGUCUCCAGAGCAUAAUUCACAGCCACUUGUGGCAGUAGCCAUGGAAGGCCCUUCCAACCCAGGUGACAACAAGGAAUUGAAGGCUUCUACUGCUCAAGCUGGGGAGGAUGCCAUCCUCUUGCCUUUUGCAGACAGAAGAAAGUUCUUUGAAGAGAGUAGCAAAUCCUUAUCUACAUCUCAUUUGCCAGGUUUAACCACUCAUAGCAACAAGACUUUUACCCAGAGACCAAAACCUAUAGACCAAAACUUCCAGCCAAUGAGCUCCAGCUAUAGGGAAUUGAGGCGCCAUCCCAUGGACCAAUCAUAUCAUUCCGCAGACCAAACAUAUCAUGCCACAGACCAAUCAUAUCAUUCCAUGUCACCCCUUCAGUCAGAAACUCCCACUUACUCAGAAUGUUUUGCAAGCAAAGGUCUAGAAAAUUCCAUGUGUUGUAAGCCACUACACUGUGGUGAUUUUGAUUACCACAGGACCUGCUCUUACUCCUGCAGUGUUCAAGGAGCUCUAGUCCAUGAUCCUUGCAUUUAUUGUUCUGGGGAAAUCUGCCCUGCCUUGCUAAAGAGAAAUAUGAUGCCAAAUUGCUACAACUGCCGGUGCCACCACCACCAAUGCAUUCGGUGUUCAGUUUGCUAUCAUAAUCCUCAGCACAGUACCCUCGAGGACAGCAGCUUGGCACCUGGCAACACUUGGAAACCCAGGAAGCUGACAGUGCAGGAAUUUCCUGGGGACAAAUGGAAUCCAAUAACAGGAAACAGGAAGACCAGCCAGUCAGGGAGGGAAAUGGCUCAUUCCAAGACUAGCUUUUCAUGGGCAACCCCUUUCCAUCCUUGCCUUGAGAACCCAGCACUGGACUUGUCAAGCUACCGAGCAAUUUCUUCUCUUGACCUCCUUGGAGACUUCAAACAUGCUUUGAAAAAAUCAGAGGAAACUUCAGUUUAUGAGGAGGGGAGCUCCCUUGCCUCCAUGCACCACCCACUGCGCAGCCGUGCCUUCUCAGAGAGUCACAUCAGCUUGGAGCCCCAAAGCACCCGGGCCUGGGGGCAGCAUAGGAGGGAGCUCUUUAGCAAAGGUGAUGAGACCCAGUCAGAUGUUCUCGGAGCCAGGAAGAAGGCCUUUCCUCCUCCUCGCCCUCCUCCUCCUAACUGGGAGAAGUACAGGCUCUUUCGUGCAGCCCAGCAGCAGAAGCAGCAACAGCAGCAGCAGAAGCAAAAGGAGGAGGAGGAGGAAGAAGAAGAAGAAGAGGAAGAGGAGGAGGAGGAGGAGGAGGAGGAGGAAGAGGAGGAAGAGGAAGAGGAAGAGGAGCUGCCACCCCAGUAUUUCAGUUCAGAAACCUCUGGUUCCUGUGCUCUCAAUCCUGAGGAGGUCCUGGAGCAGCCACAACCCCUCAGCCUUGGCCACCUGGAGGGCUCGAGACAGGGUUCACAAAGUGUCCCAGCAGAGCAAGAAUCCUUUGCACUACAUUCCAGUGAUUUCUUGCCUCCAAUAAGGGGGCACUUGGGAUCUCAACCUGAGCAGGCCCAGCCCCCUUGCUACUAUGGCAUUGGUGGGCUUUGGAGGACAUCGGAACAGGAAGCCACUGAACCCGCCAAACAAGAGUUUCAGCACUUUUCGCCUCCUCCAGGGGCCCCAGGAAUCCCUACCUCUUACUCAGCUUAUUACAAUAUUUCUGUGGCCAAGGCAGAGCUGCUGAACAAACUGAAAGACCAACCUGAGAUGGCAGAGAUUGGCCUAGGAGAGGAGGAAGUUGACCAUGAACUGGCUCAAAAAAAGAUACAGCUUAUCGAAAGCAUCAGCAGAAAACUUUCUGUCUUGCGGGAGGCCCAGCGAGGGCUGCUAGAGGACAUCAAUGCCAAUUCUGCCCUUGGGGAGGAGGUGGAGGCCAACUUAAAAGCCAUCUGCAAACCCAAUGAAUUUGAAAAGUACCACUUGUUUGUUGGGGACCUGGACAAAGUGGUCAACCUGUUGCUGUCACUCUCUGGACGACUGGCCCGGGUGGAGAAUGCUCUCAACAGCAUCGAUUCAGAGGCCAACCAGGAGAAGUUGGUGCUGAUAGAGAAGAAGCAGCAGCUGACGGGGCAGUUGGCAGAUGCCAAGGAACUGAAGGAGCACGUGGACCGCCGGGAGAAGUUGGUGUUUGGCAUGGUCUCCCGCUACCUGCCUCAGGACCAGCUCCAAGAUUACCAGCACUUUGUCAAGAUGAAAUCUGCUCUCAUCAUUGAACAGCGAGAGCUGGAGGAGAAGAUCAAGCUCGGGGAAGAGCAGCUCAAAUGUCUCAGGGAGAGUCUACUCCUGGGGCCCAGCAAUUUCUAAUUCUACCAGCACUCUGCCACAGCAUCCCUGCCCAGCCAUGUGGGAAGUGCUUUCAAUCUUCUUUGUUAGCAGUUUCUCAGCAAGUAGAUAGCAAUUAGCAGUUUGUUCCAGCCCUCUACCCUGGAUGUCUCUCACUACCCCUUCCCUAGCAGUGGUCCUAACCAGCUAGGAGACCCUGGGGAAGCCACAACUUCUACCCAAGGGAGCUGCAGCAAGGUGUGAUCUUAGAACCACAUUCUCCUUCCCACAGUUGCCAAGGGCAAGUACUUGCUGCACAGAGAACCAAGGAAGUGCCUUCAUUCUGCUCUGUACUAAGGACACCAAAGACAUCAAGUACUCAUCACCCACCCAUAUCAUCAACAGCCUCUAAAGGCUCAGAGGGAAGCUGCCUUGCAGCUCUACUCUGCCCCAGGGCUUGUGGCCCAGCCAUUUCUCACAGAGAGCUGGCUGCCUUGAGGGCAUUCACCUGGCACCAGUUUCAGGGCCUCACCCAAGCUUUGCAAGGGAAAGCACAGAGGGAGGAAUUACACUGAAAAAAAUGCAAGCAAAGGUUGAGUACCCCCAGGUGCCCCUUAGGAAGGAACCAGGUUUAAAUAGGCUCUACCCUUACCUUUCCCAGCAGCAAGUUCAGGGGAAGAGGCCUACUCUUAGCCCUGGCUAGUGUGACCCUCUUCCUGUCCUAAGACUUUGGUCCUACCACCUCUUGUUUCAUCUUUCCUUUACAUUGCUGGGGGUUACCGCAGGUGCCUACCCCAGGGCUUCACCAUAUGGGCCAUUAAUAGCUCUACUAAAACUGACUUCUAGAUGUAGGUUUCAUUAUUGGGGGAGGGGGUUCUUAUUGUUAUAUUUUAAAUGGCCUUUUGAUUUUAUUUAUUUUUAUGUUUUGAUUAUUUUUUUUCUUUUUUAACUAAUAAGGUGAGAAGAGGGAAGUUGGAGAGGGAAAAGUUAGCCCAGAAGGAAAGCAUUUUCUGCAGAUCAGCCUGAAUCCACCGUGGCUAGGUAAGCAAGUGCCAAGGCGUUGAAUUGUUCCCACCAUAUCUACCAAUGUCUAGGAAGGAGUUUUCCCCUUGAACUCAGAGCCUCCCUACAGUGGCCUGGCCUUGUGCUUCCCUUGAAGUCUAAGUGACUUGAGUUUAGCAUUCCCCAGCAGGGUUCAAGUUUUUCUUACUGAUUUCUUUUUGAAACCAAAGAAAUCUCCUGAAAUGGAGAAAGGUUCAGUCAUUUCUCUACCAUCUCCAAGCUAUGGGAUCAGUAGAGGUGAGCUCAGAAGGAACUCCUCUAACCAUUGCUUUCUCAGCCUGUGGCCUGGCUCGAGGGAACCAAAACUCAAGGUAGCUAGGAGCUCCAGCCAGAGCCAGCUCCCCAGAGCGAUUGAUGACCCAGCCAGGAUCUUAGGCAUACAAACAACUAAAACUGCUGCUGUUGCCAAGGCCCUGACACCAGUAGCUAGUUUCUAUGCUGGAAAAGCAGCCCUCAGGUGGACGAUGGCAAGAAGGGGGUUAUGGCCAAAUGCUGCCCUGUUAUCCAGCUUAGCUCCCUGUUCCUCACUAACUGGGGCCAAUCCUUGGUAUCACACAACCCAGCCAAGGCCUGGCAUCUCUUCUAGUUACUGCUGAGUUCCUCAGGGUCCUUGAAGGUCAACUGUAGCAGCAGGGAUGUCUCAUUCAACCAAAGAAUUUGCCAAGGAACUUUUGCUGCUGUUACAAAUACUUGUCACUAGCUUCCAUUUCCUCUUCAUUGUAUUUGAAAACAAUGGGAGAAUCUUGGCCAGCAGGGUGUCCUGGGGUGGCGAGUGGGGUAAGCCUUUCUGUGGAGCCCUGGGUUUGCUCUUAGUACUGCUGCCAGAAACACUGUUAGAAUGGCAACCCUGCCAUUCUCCCCUCCAGUGGAAGAUUCUACUUUAUUCAGGAAGGCUGGUGGCUUGCAGGGGCUAGGCUUACACAAGCCAGCCAAGAUUGAGAAGGUAGGGGAGUGCUUUCAAUGGAGGCCAUAGUUGUCAUCUUUUCUUCUGAGCAGGCUCUAGGACAAACAAUGAGCAAAUUGAGAUGUCCUGUAUUGGGAGGAUGAGGCUGAUAUGUUUCAUCAUUCUCAGAUUUGUGGGCUAGAACACCUUUUUGGGAAUAUGGGCCUAGGGAAAAGAAUGGUCACUUACCUGGACACUAUGGCCAUAGUCUGAGUUUUUCUAGUCAGCAUGUGAUUGGUUGUACCUUAAGUUUAUGACACAAAAAAUACUAUUAACUCUGUUAUUUUUGUUCUUAAUCCCAUCUCAAAUUAGUUUCUAGAGUUGGAAUCAGAACACAAGGAUGCUCAUUUUCACAUGGAGGGAAAGUUGCCAAAGCAUUUAAAAAAUAACCCCAAAAGUGGUAGAUAAAGGUGAACUGCUGAACAGACACUGGCGUGCCACACUCCUGCCAGGGCAGUCUCAUUGUGUGUGAUGGUGCUGCAAAGCUGCCAGUAUUACUUGAGAUGCAGUCUCUCUCCCCUGUUCCCAGUUCCUGGGCUCAGCCCUCCUCCAAGGCCUGCCAGUGAGUAGCAGUUUGGAAGGCAGGCCAAGGGAGAUCCCCAAAGACAGUUAUCAGUCUUGACUUCUGCUCUCUCCUUUCAAAUACUUAUACAGGCCCCCAUGGGUAAUAGGCAAGCAUGAUGGCUGAUAGAUAGAGAAGUCAGUGCAUGAGUUACUAUCACAUGUCCCCCCAACCCCUCCUGCCACCUUCCGGGGCUCUGGAUAAUUGAAUCUCCCUGAGUCCCACAGCUGGAGACUCAACCAGGAUAUAGCUGUAAAUGCCCAAGUAGAAUCUGACAGAAUAAGACAGGGACACUGAAAAUAAAGCCCUAGAAAGGAAGAAAAUGGAAGCAAAGAAAAGGAGAGGUGAAAAGAUAAAAAGCCUCUUUCAAGGUUAGGUUCAGGUUCUGUUUUCCAUUUAACCUCAUGUGCCAAAAAGCUGCCCAGGCACACCAGAGCCACAUCCUGAACCCAACCCCCCCGACAGUGCUGCUCUGCCAGUAGCAAGCCCCAGAUGGAGGAAGCUGGGCCCAUUUCUGGCCACUUCCACCCAUUUGGAGCUUGGUGACUCCCACUGUCUUUGCCAGAGGAGUCGUCUAUGCCAAUAAUAUUUCUGCAACAGCAUAUUAUAUUAUUUGAAGAUUAGUAGAUCUUUUGGGGGGGGUGGGGCAGGGGACAGUUUCUACAGAUGAAGAACCAGUGUUGGUUGUACAGCUGUUGGGGGUCAUCUAUCCCAUGUGAAGCUAUUCUUUUUCCAAAUCUUGUUGUUUCUGCAUUUGUGUCCUCCACCACUCCCUUGUUGGCUGACAUAGAUAUGCCUGCCAGAUUGUCAUCAAGGGUCAUAUUUCAAUAAAAGGUGCUAAGGACAAAAAAAAAUCUCAUGUGUUUUAACUCAGGUGAUGGAAGUCUAAAGAUUCUGCUGAAAAGUACUGGAAAGGAAUUUGGUCACCUAUCCAUAGUCCUUCACAGAUAAACAUAUGACCAGACCCUUACCCACAGCCCUAAACCCUUACCCUGGCCUCUGAGGGAUGGUAUUGACGCUAUACCAUUCAUCAUCCCCAGUUAAAUAGCAGGAUCUGCCAUAGCCUUUUUAGGGGAACAGCUUUUAGACAUCUGUUUCAAGACCAUCCUGAGUAGGGGGUACAGAGUUUAAGCCAUUGGUUAUUUCUGUUGUUAUCACAGUAUUAAAGCAUGGUAUUUUUCUACUCAGAAGGACCUCAGGAUCACAGCCCUGCCCUUUAGCUCACUGAUAUAUUUCUUCCUCUCUGGUUACUCAGUGGCAACAUCACAUCCAGUCUAACCCCAUGUUUAGAAUGCAGAAAAAGUCAACAAUAGGUGUAAUCUCAGGUAUAGACCUAAGCAGUAUACAGAGUCUAGUUCUGGAGUCUAGCCUGAUCGAAGGUAAGCCAUUCUUUCUAGACUUCUUCCAAUCUUGAAUUCUGUCUAGUAUUUUCAUCUUACUUCUAGCUGAUAGUCCAAUCUCACACCUUCCUGCUCAGCUCCCUGGAAAGCAAGGGCCUUGCUGAUCUGCUCUCCAAGGCAACCUCAAAGAUUAGACUUAAAUAUAUUCCAGGCAGCAACUCUGACAUUGAAAAGCUUUCUUUUUUCAUGAUCCAUAUUCUGUUCACAUUCCAACUAUCCGCCUUCUACUCAAGAUAUCCAUUGUGGUAGAGUAGAAAGAGUCCAGCUUAGGCAUUAGAAUGAACUGUGUUCAAAUCCUGGUUCUGCCACUUAUUCAAUGAACCUGGGCUACUAGCUCAACUUCUGAGGUCAUUUUCUUAUCCGUAAAAUGGCAACAGUAUUAUCUUGCUUGCAGAGUUAUUGUAACUUGAAAAUAAUAAAUAAAAGCCACUAAAAAUCCAAGAAGUUAUUAGGCAGAAUCCCAGGCCCACCCCAAACCCAGUGAUAGCAGUCUGAAUUUUAAGUAGAUUUCCAGGAGAUUCAUGAACGUAUUAGAGCAUGGGAAGUACUGACUUGUUGAAAACAUAUUCAGUGCAUGGUAACCAUUAUUAUAGUCCUGAUCUACUCAAUUCAUUUUUUCCUUAUCCCAGGCAUAUUCUUGCUCUUCUCGUGUUGCUCACAACUACCUGCCUGGAUGAAUUUAGGAAAGUUGCAGGAUACAAGGUUAAAACACAAGAUCAAAUGAACAAUCCUAAAAUGUUAUUAAGAAAACAGUUCCGGCCAGGCGUGGUGGCUCAUGCCUGAAAUCCCAGCACUUUGGGAGGCCAAGGCAGGUGGAUCCCGAGGUCAGGAGAUCGAGACCAUCCUGGCUAACAUGAUGAAACCCUGUCUCUACUAAAAAUACAGAAAAUUAGCCAGGUGUGGUGGCACGCACCAGUAGUCCCAGCUACUUGGGAGGCUGAGGCAGGAGAACUGCUUGAACCUGGAAGGCAGAGACUGCAGUGAGCUGAGACCGCACCACUGCACUCCAGCCUGGGCAACAGAGUGAGACUCUGUCUCAAAAAGAAAGAAAGAAAGAAAGAAAGAAAGAAAACAGUUCCAUUUACAAUAGCAUCAAAAAGCAAAAAAGUACUUAGGAAUAAUUUAACAAAAGAAGUGCAAAACUUUUACACUGAAAACUAUAAAACAUUGUUGAAAGAGAUUAGAGAACAUCAAAAUAAAUAGAAAGACACUCCAUGUUCAUGGAUGGGAAGACUUAGUAUUGUUAAGAUGAAAUGUGCCCCAAAUUGAUCUACAGAUUCAAUCCAAUGCUUAUCAGAAUUCCAGUGGCUUCCUUGCGUAAGUUGACAAGCUGAUUCUAAAAUUCAUAUGGAAUUACAAGGAACCCAGAACAGUCAAAACAAUCUUUAAAAAGAACAGUUGGAGGGCUCAUACAUCCCAACUUCAAAACUUACUGCAAAACUACAGUAAUCAAGACAGUGUGGUACAGACACAAGGGUAGAUGUAUAAAUAAAUGGAAUUAAAUUGAGAGUCCAGAAAUAAAUCCUCAUGUAUAUGGCUAGUUAAUUUCAACAAGGGUCCCAAGAGAAAUUGAGGAGACAAGUUUUUUAACAAAUGGUGCUGAGACAACUGGGUAUCUACAUGGGAAAAAAUGAAGUUUUCCUUAAAUCACAUGCAAGAAUCAACUCAAAAUGGAUCAUAGAAUGUAAGAGUCAAAAUUAUAAAAUUCUUAGAAGAAAACAUUGUAGUAAGUCUUCCUAAUGUUAAGAUGAUUUGCACAAGUGAUACAAGAAAUAGAAAUAAAUUGGAGUAAAUCAAAAUUAAAAACUUUUGUGCUAAAAAUAUACCAUAUCAAAAAAGUGAAAAGACAAGCAACAUAAUAGGAGAAAAUAUUUGCAUAUCAGAUACUUCAAAAUAAAAAAGGACUCUUACAACUCAAUGAUAAAAAUAACCAAUUAAAAAUGGGUUAACGGAUUGUAAUAGACAUUUCUUCAAAGAAAAUAUGUGUUCUAGUAUGCUUGGGUUGCUAUAGAAUACUACCAUAGACUGAUUGAUUGGCUUAAAUAACAAACAUUUAUUUCUCACAGUCCUGGAGACUGGGAAAUCUGAGAUCAAGAUGCCAGCAGAUUCAAUGCCUUGUGAGGGCCCACUUUAUGGUUUGCAGAUGGCUACCUUGUGGCUGUGUCCUCAGCAAAGACAGAAAGGGAUCUGGUCUUGGCCAGGCACGGUGGCUCACGCCUGUAAUCCCAGCAUUUUGGGAGGCCGAGGCAGGCAGAUCAGGAGGUCAGGAGAUCGCGACCAUCCUGGCUAACACGGUGAAACCCCAUCUCUACUAAAAAAAAUACAAAAAAAUUAGCGGGGCGUGGUGGCGGGUGCCUGUAGUCCCAGCUACUCGGGAGGCUGAGGCAGGAGAAUGGCAUGAACCCAGGAGGCAGAGCUUCCAGUGAGCGGAGAUCGAGCCACUUCACUCCAGCCUGGGUGACUGAGCGAGACUCUGUCUCAAAAAAAAGAAGGGGAUCUGGUCUCUUCCCCUUCUUAUAAGGGCAUUAUAAUUUCAUUACGAAUGCCUACUCUUGUGACUUCAUGUAAACCAAUUUACCUCUCAAAGGCCCCACCUCCAUAUGCCAUCACAUUGGGGAUUCGGGCUUCAGCAUAUGAGUUUGGAGAGGACACAAACAUUCAGCUUAUAGCAAUAUGCAACUGGCUAGCAAGCACAGGGAAAGAUGCUCAAGCACUACUAUUCAUUAGGGAAAUGCAAAUCAAGACCACAAUGAGAUACCACUUCAUACCCACUAGAAUAGCUAUAUCAAAAAGCCAAACAAUAACAAGUGUUGGUGAGGAAAUGAAGAAAUUGGAACACUCAUACAUUGCUGAUGGGGAUGUAAAUUGAUGCAACCUCAUUGAAAAACAGCUUGGCAGUUUCUCCAAAUGUUAAACAUAGAAUUUCCACAUGACUUAGCAAUUCCAUUCCUAGGUAUAUACCCAAGAGAAUUGGAAACAGGUGUUCAAACAAAAGCAUGAACAUGAAUGUUUAAAGUGGCAUUACUCAUAAUAGCCAAAAAGUGGAAAUGACCCAAAUGUCCAUCCACUGAGGAAUGGAUAAACAAACUUUGAUAUAUGCAUACAGUAGGGUAUUAUUUAGCCAUAAAAAUGGAUAAAAUACUGAUACAUGUAACAUUUGAAAAUAUGCUAAGUGAAAGGAGCCAAUCACAAAAGACCACGUAUUGUAUGAUUUAAUUUAUAUGAAAUGUCCCAAACAGGCAAAUCUAUAAAGGUAGAAAGCAGAUUAGUGGUUGUCAAGGCUGGGGGCUCAGGGGCAAUAGGCAUGGGGUUUCUUUUGGGGAUGAUGAAAAUAUUAUAAAAUUAGAUUGUCAUCAUGGUUGUCCACCUCUGUGAAGGUACUGGAAACCAUUGAAGUAUACAUUUUAAAUGGGUGUGCUAAAUGGUAUAUGAAUUAUUUCUCAAUAAGUGUGUUUUUUAAAAAAAGCUAUUGAUUAUUUCCAUCAGUCUCAUUCCUCUUGACAAAAAUCUGAGUUGAUGGUGAGCAUGUACUUCAUUCGUGACUCCAAAGGGUACAAUAUUUACACCAUUUGAAUUUGGGAGUGACUUUACUAUUACAACCUUCCCCUUGAAGACCUGGAAGACCCAGCAACAUAAGGAGAAAGAGUAGUCUCAGCCUUGUACUAAGACUUCAGCGAAAACAAGAGAGAUGGGAGGGACUACUAUUGGGAAGGAGGGGCAAUCUUUCUAGGCAAAUAUUGUGGUAGAAUGGAUAAGAGCUUCGGCUCAUUGGGCAAAUAAACCAAGUUUUAAAUCCUGAUUCUACCAACUUACUAUGUCACCUUAAUAAGUUACUUGACUCCUCUCAACCUUAAUACCUUCAUCUACAGAAGGGGGCUAAUAAAAGCCGCACCUCAAAGUGUUACUAUGAUGAUUAAAUGAGAUAAUUCACAUGAAGCACUUAAAAUAAUGUCUGCCAUGUAGUAAGUAUUUGAUAAAUGUUAGCUGCUAGAUUUAUUUUUAUUGAGGUGAGAUUGAAGUAGAACAAUAUAAGGAAAAGUAAAGCAUCUUCAGCUUUGGAGUCAGACAGCUCUGUUAAUGUGACCUUGGAAGUCACUUUAUUUAUUGAGCCUUAGCAAAUAAUGAGGAUAGUAACCCUUCUCUUAUGGAGGCAGUUCCAAGCCUGGACACUGGAACCCACACCAUGUAGGUUUUCAUACUGGCUCCACCACUUACACAUCGUGUAACCUUGAGCAUGUUUAACUUCCCUGUACCUGGAUGUCCUCUUCUGUCAAAUGGUGGAAACAAAAAUACAUCCUUGUGUUGUGAGGAAUUAUUGAGUUAAUCCAUGCAAAGUACUUAGGACAAUAAGUACCCAAUGAAUGUUAACUUUUAUUAUAAAGCUAAAGUAGGAGUCAAAUGAGGUCUGUGGUAGAGCUGUUCAUGUGGUAGGUUCUCCGUAGAUGAUGGUUCCUUUCCUUACCUACCCUGCUGUGUGCACCAGGUCAAGAUAUUUUUGGACCUGCAGAUAAAAUGUUUCAGCCUUAGGAGUUCCCCACUGUAAGUAAAAUUUUCUGGCAAGCUCAAAUACUACCAUCUGAUGAGAACAAUGUAGUCUGUUAGCUGCCUGCAAGAUGACUGUCUAUACUCCCAAUAAAACACCCCAUUCAGAGCAAUAGAGAAGGAACUGUUUUGCAUGUGGACAACUUAAGGUCCAAUUUGAGGUUGGUUUGGGGAAAACAUCCACUCCUCCUCAAACCUAUCUUUAGACUUAAAGUCAACUUAAAUGUUAUUGAGUUUCCCACCCUGGGUUAAGCACUUUCACGUAUCUUUGCUUACACUAUUUUUCUAUCUAAACAUACAUUUUUAAAGCAGAAAUCCUCAUUUAAUCUUUAAAACAGGUCUGUGAUUUUGAAACACUGUUUAAUCAAAAUUCAGAAUUGUGGUAGCAUUUUUGCUGUUUGUAAGUUAAACAAAAUAGAUUGUAAGUGUGCAAUGCCAUUCAUUCAUUCAACUAAUGUGCCAAUAAUUUGUUUUGUGCUUCAGGGAUUCAGAAGUGGACAAGAUAGACAAAGUCCCCACUCUCGUGGGGCUUUUAUCCUAAUGAAAGAGAUAGAUAAGUAUAAAUAUACAAUUACAUAAUACUUUAUAUACAGAAAUACACAAUCACUUUUUACCCUGGUAUGGCAAUGCAAAACAUUCUUCCUUGAUUUCUUCAGCUGUGUGCAAUAGGCUAAACUCAUGAAUCUCUUUGCUAUUGCAGUCACUAAAAUAUUUUUUGCAUUAAUUUUCACCAGAGAAUAAUGUUUCAGUGAACAUGAGAGUGCAGAUAUCUCUUCGAGAUACUGAUUUCAUUUCCUUUGGGUAUUUACCCAGAAGAAGAAUCUCUGCAUCAUAUGGUCAUCGUAUUCUUAAUAUUUUGAGGAAUAUACACUAUUUUCCAAAAUGGGGUACUAACUUACAUUCCCACCAACAAUGUACCAGGGUUUCCUUUCCUCCAUACCCUCACCAACAUUUGUUAUCCCUUGUCUUUUUGAUAAAAGCCUGCUAUUUAUGACAAAAUGGAUGAACCCGGAGGGUAUUAUGCUAAGUGAAAUAAACCAGACACAGAAAGAAAAAUACUGCAUAAUCUCAUAUGUGAAAGCUAAAAAAGUCAAACACACAGGGGGAUGGAGGUGGAAGAAAUGAGGAUGUUGGUCAAAGCAUACAAAGUUGCAGUUACAUAAGAUGUAUAAAUCUAGAGAUCUCAUGUACAGCAUAAGUUCUAUAGUUAAUAAUGCUGUAUUGUAUACUGGAAAUUUUCUAAGAGUAGAUUUCAGGUGCUCUUACUGCAAAAGAGGGUAAUUAUGUGAGGAAAUGCAUAUAUAAUUUGCAUGACUGUAGCAAUCAUUUCACUAUGUAUAUGGAUGUCAAAACAUCAUUUGUACACCUUAAAUAUAUACAAUAAAAGAUUUUCACCAAAGAUAUUUUCUCCACAGGAUUUGUGAUGAGAUUUUUAAAAAAUUGUCUAGCAAAAGGAUGACAAACUAUCACUGAAGAGGUAGGAUUUGAAAGUAGUUUAGACAGAAAGGUUGAAUUCCACUCUUGAUAGAGAAAAUCAAUUCAUGUCACAUGGAAAUCUUGCCCAUUCUGUGCAACAUUCAAACAUGGCCAAAGACUAAGGGGUUCUGGCAAAAGCUCCUCUCCUCCU